AUGUGCCCGGGUUGUCUAAAUCGAGCUCAAUGCCUCAGAACACAGCUUCUUCAGCUCGCCGUUCCCCUCGUAAAGUCGUAUGGCUUCACGCGCGAAGCCCUCGCGCAGUCCGCUCUACGUCUACCAACCCCGCACGAGAAGCCCCUCACCGAAGCCGCAAUCACCGCUCUCUUUGGGGAAGGGGACGACGCGCGACGAACAUUGAUUGGAGGCUGGCUCGAGCAUGCGCGUGUGGAGACGAGGAAGAGCCUGCUGGCGGACGCGACCCCGGGCGCACCCCCACCGUCGAUGCGAGCUGUGUUGGAGAAGAGGUUGCGGGUCAAUGAGGAGGUUCUGCCGCUUCUUCCGGAGGCGUUCGCCCUUCUGGCUUCUCCGACAUAUGGCCUCCCUCCUCUGGACCCCAUCCCUGGGCUUAAGCACGUGUCUCAAGUGGCAGACGAUGCGUGUUAUCUCGUGCGGGACACUUCUGUCGGCCCUGCAUGGUUCCGACGACGCGCGACUGUCGCUGUGGCAUACGGCGCAGCAGAGUUGCAUCAGCUCACUUCACCCAACACCGCGUACAAGUUCCUGGACGAUGCUCUCAGCAUGACUCAAAAGGUCGACUCGGCGGCGGACGACAUAGGGCAGUAUGGGCGGUAUAUCAUGAAGAGCUGGACAGGCAUUAUUCGGAGCAGCGGUGUCCUUCCAUGA